AUGUGGUCUUUGUGCAAGUACCUGCACUCCAGAGUAUACAUGGAUGCCUACGCGCUUCUUCACGCUGCCGUCCUUGUUGUUUGGCUCGCCACACAGUCCGACGCUGACGCCAAGGACUUCGUUUGGACCGGCCUGCGGAACGAAACAAACAAACAUCCCUCCGAGAAGCAAGCGUGCCAGCCUAAUCGACCUUGCCGACCGGGCCACGUGGAGGGCUCGAGGGCAAGGAAGAGGCAGGGCAACCGAUGGACGGAGCCGACUGGCGCGACCGGAACGACGGCAUGGAUCACGAGUCCACCAACAAACAGCUCGCUGCGGCAGCAAAUGGCGCACGUACGGCUGCGUGAAAUACCACAUGGACGGGAGCAGGCCGCCGCCAUCCACCGCCGCCGGUCCAUUCUCGGCCGCUCACGACGUCGCGUAUCCUUCCGUCAUCCGUCAGCCGCCUGCACCAUCCAAGUUACUCCUCGUCGCGGGCACCGACCCAAGCCAUCUGGUCAAAGACGGCUCGUGCCGUCACCGUCACUUCCCUCUGAUGAUGCCGACGUGCAGACGUUUGGACGUGCAGACGUGACAGAGGGACUGGAGCGUGCAGCCAAGCGCAGUGAGAUCAGUAGUUUGUAA